UCCUUGCUCCGUGUUAGAAUUCGUUCGACUUGACGCAGGUGGAAGUGGGACAAAUGAAGUUCGUUUUUCGCAGCUGAUGAUGGCGGAUGAUGUUGAGAAAGAAAGCAUGAAGAAUUACCACAUAGCGUCCGAGAAAAUUGACCCACAGACCUGCCGUUAUCCAUACUGUAUUGUCUGGACACCUAUCCCCGUGUUAUCAUGGUUGUUUCCGUUCAUCGGUCACAUGGGAAUCUGCACUUCCACUGGAGUCAUACGAGACUUUGCUGGGCCUUACUUUGUCUCAGAAGACAACAUGGCUUUCGGAAAGCCGACAAAGUACUGGAUGCUCGAUGUCAGCAAAGUCUAUACUAGUGGCACCAAUGCCUGGGAUAGAGCUGUGCACGAUGCCUCAGAAGAGUACAAGCACAGGAUGCACAACCUUUGCUGCGACAACUGUCACUCCCAUGUUGCCAUGGCGCUGAAUCUGAUGCGGUAUGAAAACAGCACGACGUGGAACAUGAUCAAACUUUGCCUUCUCGUUCUAAUCCACGGAAAGCACGUGAGCUGUGCUGGCUUCCUGAAGACAUGGCUGCCUUUCCUGAUGCUGGUGAGCAUCAUCCUCACAGUGGCCCUGGCCCUCAACCUCCGGUGACCUGGGAGACGUGUCAGAGACACAGUGGAAGUCCUGCAGGUCAAACACCGGGAUCGACCUUUUUCGUACGAAACGCAAGGAUGGUAGGGGAGGGGGGUUUCGGGAGCCAGUGAUCCAGGAGGAAUACUUGCCUUCAGGACACACGUCUUGUUUGUUUUUACGAGUGUCUAAACCGUGCCGCCUCUGGGGCGCAGGCAGCAUCACCUCAAGUGGUGAAGCUAGACCAAUCCAGGGAUUCAAAAUUUUUAUUUUUUUUGUAAGAGUUUAAUUGUUUUGAGAGAAGUGACUAAAACACCACCCACAUCGCCGCAACAACCAGGACCACACAAACACACGUAAUUAUGGGUUAUGACUAUGGGAUGCCUCACAGCAGGUCCAGGCCGAUGCCACAUGUCGACCAGACUUGUCUAGUUGAAGGUACGUCGGUGGAACUACAUCCAUGCCUCGCUUUUAGAUUCUGACCUUCUGACUUUGUAAUGGACGAUCCAGUGCAUUUAUAUCAGGGAGUACAUACACGGCGAAGCUAUUAAAUACCUUUACGGGAAUUGAUUGCAUUUCAUGCCUGACCUAAUGUAGCUCUUCUACAGUACUGCGACCUCAACGUGCCAGAGUAGUUUGACUGCUUGUGCAUUUUCUUAAUUUCCUUUUUUAUAUAAAAACAACUAUUUUCUCACAGAGAGAUGAAAUACUCGCGUUAACGUGUCUCGGAGUACCUCUGAAAAAAACCGUUUACUUCCUACUGUCAUGCGAUGCUGAUUGUAGCAACCACAGUGACUGUGGCUUUGGGGGGGGAAAAAUCCCAACUUUUUCGGGCUUUCUACACUGUUGCCAGACCAAGUCAAACUGUGUUGUCAGUUUGUUAUCUUUAUAAAACGCAGCUUUGCUGAACUCAAUAUUACAACAAUAAUACGAAAAACCUGAGACCUGAUUGCAUACUUUGACUGUGUGUGUACGGAAGCACUGCCUAAAAAUAGUCACCUAAAUCACGGACCCUGCUUGAAUUUUCACGUUUUGACAAAACUAUGUUAAUUCCACAUCAUGGUUGGAACACAAAAUCCGUUGCCAUGGCUUUUCCUUGAGUCGAUUUAAAUCAGUCAUUGUUUGCAAUCAAACACACAAAAAAAGUGUUGAGCCCCUUCUUUGUCCGCGCUGCUGCCAGAAGCAGCAGGUAGCUGGGAUCCUCAGGUUUUUCACGCUCACCCACCCCUGCUGAAUAUCCCCACUCUCUGCCGGUGUCUGAGCGGUGUUGCUCCUGCUGUUCUCCACCUCUGCAGAUCAGAUUAGAAGGUCACUGUGAAAUGUCAGUGCUGUUUCACAGAGCUUUGAUAAAUCGCCACUGGGCUACGUCCUGCAAUAAUCCGACCUGGAAGGUGUGGGUCACUAAAUUAAAACCAGGUUGUUGUUUUUGUUUUUUUGUUGUUUUUUUAUUUGUCAAAAAAGUCCAAGGUAUGAAGGGCUAACACAGAGGGAGCUCUAAUCACUUCAGCUUGUGCUGAACACAGAGUUUGUGCGUUCUUUCACCUGUGUUGCCUGUAAAUAUUUAAACCCACGGUACUGUAGCCCACACCAGGUGCUCUUUAUUCUUUGCGAACUCGAUGGAUUUUCACCCACUCGACAGAUCUAUCCUUUAAAUAAUUUACGGCAUAAUUUUGUUUACUCCUGCCUAUCACCGCUGCUGACGUGGACUCAUGCGCGUGAGUGUGCGUGCCUUACGUCGGAAAGGAGGAAGCAUGUGAUUGCAUGCCAGCGUGUGUGUGUGUGUGUGUGUGUGUGUGUGUGUGUGUGUGUGUGUGUGCGUGUGCUUUACAUUCAUGUAAAACUGAAGGUGUUGAAGGAAGAAGGAAGUUGUUGGUCUCGCGCUUUGGCUUCUUGAUUCGUAAUCAGAGUGGGAUCAUUACUGCCAAAUGCCUUGUGUUUUGAAUUCUAUUUUUAUCCCUCCAUAAUGUUCUCUCAACUAUUUUAAAUCUAAAUGCAAUAGCUGGUAAAUCCUUGCAAGGAUAAAUAAUAAAUUAGGCCAUUACGGGUCUGUGGUUCUUAACGCUGAUUCGAUGCAAUAUCCUGUGCAAUGUGUAGCUUCAGACUUCAUAGACGAGAGCCGCGGUGCAAUUUUCUCCCAAGCAUUAAAACUAAGAGACUGAGACGAGCCCCACGAUCUGGCUCCAGUUUGAACAGUUUUCUAUUUACAACGCGAGAGUUUCGUUAAAAGUCGCUAACCUUUCCCCCCCCCCCUGGUGUUUGUUUUUCUUUGUCAGCGGUAAUUGAACACGUUAGGUUGUGUGAGCAGAGACCGGAAUAAUCUAGAAAUGUGUUGACUUUUCCCUUAAAAUACACGUUCCCAUCUAUGACCACAUUCAGUGGGGGGAAAAAAAACCAACCUAGAAACACAAAUGUAAAAAGAAAAAAAAGUCUCUGUGAUUCUUUGUAAUUGAGCUUGGUGUCCGAACAUGAGGGGGGAGUGGGGGGGGUGAGCCGCUCCGUUGAAUACGUCACUUGUUCUCGUGUGAAACGGCUCAUUCAUCACUUUGCCGAACCAAGGUGAUGAAUGAACAGGCCGUAGAGAUCAGCUGAUGACACUGACAACAUUGUCGUUUUAUGGCCUUGUGUCCGAACUGCGCAGAUAAACAGCCCCUCGGCUCACCGACGGUUUGGGACCGCGACCGUUUGAAUGGUUACAGAUGUUGGAAUGUGAACACAUGGGGUCCCGGCAACUCAAAACUGCUGAUUAAAGACAGUUGAGAUGCUAUUGUCGAGGCCACGAUCCAUAGACGGGUCCUCAACUUACGUCAGACGUUUUAGUUCCUACGGUGAACACAUAUACUGUACAUGUUGCUAUAAACUAUGCUAACAGUGGUAUCAUAAAAAUAAAAAAAAACAUUUGAAGAGUCUGACUUACACUUGGGAGCCAUAUUUAAGUGCAAAAAAAAACGAAACCGAGGACCCUCUGUGUACUUCCACCAGUCCGCUGCUCCUAAACCGUCUUUUGUUUUUUAAAUCUAAAGUAUAAUCAAAAAUGCAUAUCACUAAGCCAAGUGGGACUAUUUUAAGGUCCCUUUAAGUGAACAUGUCAACGGUGAUUGUGUUUAUGACUAACAGAUAUAAUAUCAAUAAAGAUGUUUAUUAUUGUA